GGACAGUACAAUUUUACUGCCAUAGUGAACUAAAGAGCAGGGAAAGAGCUGCAGCCAUGCCAGCAAAGGUUCCAAUUAAAAAGUCCCCAGCUAAAGCUGCAGCAGCUAAGGCACCUGAACCACCAAAGCCUGCUGAACCAGUUGUGGAAUCUAAACCCCCAGCCCCUGAGACUCCAGCUCCUGAACCAGAAGCCGCGGCUCCAGCACCAGAGGCUCCAGCUCCAGAGGCUCCAGCUCCAGAGGCUCCAGCUGCUGAGAUCCCCGCGCCGGCUCCUGAAGCCCCUGCACCAGAACCCGAGGCUAAACCAGUAGAGGAAAAAGCACCAGAGCCACCUCAGCCAAAAGAAGAGCCACCCAGCAGCCCAGAAAAUCUUUCAGUGGAUGCUGUUGAUGAUACCUCUCUUGGCUUGAGAUGGAAAGUUCCUGAGAAGGACGGAACCUUCCCCAUUGAUGGCUACCUGCUUGAGUACCAAAAAGACGGAAGUUCAGAUUGGAUAGCUGUGAACAAGGAACCCAGCAUUUCUACACAUUACAAGAUUAUCAAUCUCACUACUAAUGAAAAGAUCCUAGUUCGUGUUUCAGCAGUCAACAAAGCUGGAUCCAGUGCACCAACAGCUCUGGAACACCCUGUUCUGGUCAGAGAAAUCGUUGAUCGCCCCAAAAUCCGCCUCCCGAGAUACCUGCGUCAAACAUUUGUGAAACAUGUUGGAGAGGCUGUGAAUCUUGUUAUUCCCUUCCAGGGUAAGCCAAAGCCUCAAGUUACCUGGACUAAGAGCGGACAGCCCCUGGACGCAAAACAAGCCAGUGUCAGGAAUAGUGAUAGCGAUACUAUUCUUUUUAUUCGUAAGGCUGACCGAAAAGACUCUGGAACAUAUGAGGUCACAGUAAAAAUUGAUGACCUGGAGGAUAAAGCCAAGAUUGAAAUACAGAUUGCUGAACGACCUGGUCCACCCAAGGGUAUUAAGCUUGUGGAUGUAUGGGGCUUCAACGCAGCUCUUGAAUGGCUCCCACCACAGGACAAUGGAAACGCAGAAAUUACAGGUUACACUGUGCAGAAAUCAGAUAAGAAAACUGGGGAAUGGUUUACAGUCCAGGAGAAUUAUCGCCAAACUAACUGCACUAUUUCUGACUUGAUCAUCGGCAAUGCCUACUUCUUCAGGGUAUACUCUGAGAACCUGUGUGGACGUAGUGAGACUGCUGCCAUAACUAAAGAUCCCGCUGUAGUAAAGAAACCAGAAAAUACAUACAAGCCUCCUGAGUAUAGCGAGUCUGCUUUGUUAGAAGCACCAAAGUUCACUCAGCCUCCUAAUGACCGAACAACAACACAUGGCUAUAGUACUAAACUAGUGUGCAGUGUUCGUGGCACCCCCAAGCCUAAAGUUGUCUGGAUGAAAAAUCAAAUGGAAAUUCGUGAAGAUCCCAAAUUCCGGUCACUUGUCAACCAAGGUGUUUGCUCCCUUGAAAUCCGCAGACCUAGCCCAUUCGAUGGUGGUGUGUAUACUUGCAAAGCUAUUAACUCUCAGGGAGAAGCAACUGUGGACUGCAGACUCAAUAUUAAAGUUCCACAAUAAAAGAGGACAUGUGAGAAUAACAUUGCAAAUUUAAGCAAGAAGGUCAUCAUGUUUUAAGUCUAUAAAUAUAUUUUGUUAGCCUUUCAUUGACAACAUAUUUGUGCUUUGUUAUCCUGUGUGGCAUAAAAAUGUGUUCAUAACCACGUAGAUAUGUAGGCUGGCUAAUAAAAUGUAUUUGGCAAAUGGAUUGUAUAAUUUAUUUUUAACAAAAUAUAUAAAAUAGUUUAUGUUUGAA